CUGGCUCAGGUGUUGCACUGUGCAGGGCGGGUGUUGGGGCCUGUUCGCAGUGCGACAUGGUUUCUCUACACACGACGGCUAUUCUAGCUGCGCUGGCUGCUGUCUGGCUGCUAGUGGUGGGGUUCCGCAUUCUGCCGCGCUGGCGGCUGCGGCACAUCCCGCUCGUCAAGCCCCUGCCGUUUCUUCUUGGCCACCUGCUCGUGUUUGUCCGUCAACCCCUCCACGAAUGUUACAAGCGUUGGGCUCGGGAGUACGGCAGCAUCUUCCUGGUGUUCUUUGGAAAGAACCCCUGCGUCGUCUUGACCGACCCGGAUCUCAUCCGCCAAGUGGCGGUCAAGCACUUUGCCAAGUUCCACGACCGCCCAUCCAUCCUCUCCGCCAUCGGCUCCGCCAGCUCCAAGAACAAGCGGCUGACGGCACUUCGGUCGGGCUUGCUGGUCAGCCGCGGCGGCUUGUGGGGGAGCCUGAGGGCCGCCAUGAACCCGCUCUUUCAUACCACGGCCCUGCACAGCUAUUCGCCCAUUAUGAAUGACUCAGUCGGCCGCCUGCUGGAGCGGCUGGAGGGUGCAGCGGGCAGCGGCACAGUGCCGUUGGACAUUCACAUGCUGCUGGGACGCACGACUUUGGAGGUCAUUGGACGAACGGCCUUUGGGGUUGAGUUCAUCACAGACGGUGAGCGUGAGGACCGCCAGGCGGGGCGGCCCAACCUGGUGGCCGCAGUCAAAGUGAUCUUUUCGGCUGGCGGCUUCAUGCCAGGACAAGGCAUCGGCAUCCUGUUCAGGAUAAUGCCAGACUGGCUGGAGCCGGCGCUGUUCUGGCUCUUUUUCACCAUGGUGGCUGCAAAGCGGGCUGCGCUGGCGCGGGGGGAUCAGGUGGUGCUGGUGGAGUCGGACUGGCGCUGGUGGUCCCUGUCUUCCGUCUUUGUGCAGCAGAACCCCUAUAAAAACGUCACCCCCGCCCCAAACAGCGUAAUCGACAUGCUCAUGCGUGCAACCAACAAGGAGACGGGGCAGGGCUUGAAGGACGUCCAAGUGGCAGUGCAAUGCAACACUCUUAUUGCAGCCGGAUAUGAGACUUCAGCAAACGCUCUAGCAUUCACAAUCUACUGCCUGGCCACGCACCCCGAGACGGAGGCCCGGUUGCUGGACGAGAUUGAUGCCUUUGGCGGCAAGGAGCCGGGCCUGGAUGACCUGCCCCACUUUCCGUUCGUGGAAGCGGUCAUCAACGAGUCGCUACGUCUGUACCCGCCUGCCCACACCACCAACCGCGAGUGCACAGCGCCGGGCGGCUGCACACUACUGGGCGCCGGUGCACUUCGCCAUCUUUGCGCUGCACCGCAGCCGGAGCGCUUCCUGGAUGCAGAGGAAGCCUCCAAGCGCCACCCAAAUGCCUUCAUGCCGUUUGGCCUAGGGCCCAGGAUGUGCAUUGGCUACCGCUUUGCGCUGCAGGAGCUGCAGAUUGUGUUGAUCAGGAUCUAUCAGCGCUUCACCUUCCGCCUGGCGGCCGAGCAGGUGCAGCCGCUGCCGCUGCGGGCUGGCCUCACGCUCAGCCCCAAGGAUGGCCUCUGGGUGACAGCCCACCAGCGAGCGGACGGGGGCACAGCAGCGUCUGGCACCACCCCGCGGCCCUCUGUGCCAAUGGCCGCUACAGCUGCUGCAUAGCCAGGAACCGCAGCUUGGCUGGCAGCGCAGAAGCAAGGACCCCGAUGCCAGUGCUGCUUGUCUCUUCGCUGUCCUGUAUACUGUACAGUACGCUCUUUGCAAAUUUGCCACCUGUACGUUUUCGACCUGUGCUACCUCAGUGUGGCUUUGCAACCAUUUUGCAACACCCAAGCAGGC